UUUCUGACUUUUGUUUUUCACUAGGACAAGAAACAUCAUAUCUCAGAGAGAGAAAGAUCCCUGAGUGGGCUACAUAUCCCCUCUUUCCCUCCAGCCCAGGUGUGGCUGGGAUGGGAUCUUUUCUUGCAAGGGAGCCAUGGACAUCCUCUUCUGGAUAAUUUUCUUCUUACCAAUUUCAAAGGCUCUGAAAAACCUUGAGAAAAUAAACUUGUCUGGAUAUCUGGGAGGAUCCAUUGUCAUCAGAUGUCCAUUGAAGAAUCUACGACAGAGGACAUAUCUCUGUCGGGAGGCCAUAUCGAAAUCAUGCCAAACAGUAGUGUCCAACAAAGGAUUUGUGGAAAAGAACUUUGAGGACAGAGUCUCACUGAAGCUGCUCCCUGAGGAGAAUGUGUUCCUGGUAGAGCUGAGGAAGCUGAAAGAGGGUGACCAAGGCAACUAUGCCUGUGGAGUGGGUGAUAAGACAGACAGGGGGAAGACCCAGAAAGUGACUCUCAAAGUCACUAAAGAUUACUAUCCAUUCUGGGAGUAUCCUGAAUUCACUGAAUACCUUCCACCACCUUGGGAAUGGAUACCAAAUGAAGCUUCUUCCUCUCUAUCCACCACCCAAGCAUCAAGCACUUCAGCACCAAAAACCCACCCAUGGCAAGUCCAAACCCAACCACCACCACCCAUCCACCCUUCUCCCACCAGCCCUGUCCUGCUGCUGAGAAAUACCUUAGCAGCAGCAGCCCCCUCCCAGACCUUCUCAUCCUCUGAGGCCUCAAAGACUCCACGCCUGGGCAGACUGCUCAGGGCCCCCACUGACAGUUAUCCUCAUCACACCAGGCUGCAGAGUGAAAGUGCCUCCUACUUUGGAUCAUCUCUGAAGAAGGAUGGGGGAUUUCACAUCCUGAUCCUUGCCACCCUGGGCAUGUUCUUGAUGAUGCUUCUGGGCCUGGUGCUGGGAAGGACAUUACAGAAGAGGAGAGCUCUUUCCAAGAGGAUCAACAGACUAACUCUAAGGAUGAGUGCUCUGGAGGCCUCCAGUCGAGCUUACUCCCACCUGUACCACUCCCAUCAGAGGAGCCUCCACCGACCUGUCUCUAAUAGACCCCGUUCCCAACAGAACAUCUACAGUGCCUGCCCACGACAAGUUCAAGGACCCAACCAGAAUGGUGAAAACAUUUCUGGGAGAGAGCCUGGAGUUCUAGAACAUUCCACCACUACCCAGGUUUCCAAGAUGGCGCAGCUCCAGGCACCAGUUCCUGUGAAUAAUGAAUAUGGGAGCACCUAUUAUCUGGGUCUUGCGGAACCAGAAGAGGAUGAUUCACAUGACUAUAUCAAUGUUUCCUGCUUGACUCAGUUGCCCUGCAGCCCUCCAGGUCUGGGCUUCCAUGCCAACCAAGACUGUUGCUAAGCCAUGCUCAGAUAUUGACACUGCUCUGCUCCUGGUGCAUCCCUCCUGCCCACUCCUGCUAUUCUACCCACAUGGGGGCAGAGACCCUGCCUUCCCUAAGCACAGCCCCUUCCCAUCCCCAAGCUUCUCCCACUCAUCUAUUGAGGCAGCAACGCUUCCAAGGAGGCAGACUGACAGGCAGUCAAUAAAACAUUUAUUAAGUGCCUACAAUGUGCUAGAAAUCAUGCUUGGUACUGGGCAUAUGAAUGUGAAAAAAGAAAGCCAGUCCCUAACCUAAAGGAGCUUAGAGUCUAAAGGGGAAUGACGAUGCAUGAAAGGAAGCUGAAAGGAGGCAGAGAGUGCCAGCUAGGUAGCACAGUCGAUAGAGAGCCAGGUCUGGAUUUGAAAGGACCUGGGUUCAAAUAUGGUCUCACAUACUUCCUAGAUAUGACUCUAGGCAAGUCACUUAAUCUCAGUUGCCUAGUCCCUGCCACUCUUCUGUCUUAGAGUUGAUACUAAGGGGAUAUCUAGGUGGCUCAGAGGAUUGAGAGCAAGGCCUACAGAAGGGAGGUCCUGGGUUCAAAUGUGGCCUUAGAUACUUUCUAGCUUUGUGACCGCACAAGUCACUUGACCCCCAUUGCCCAGCCCUUACUGCUCUUCUGCCUUGGAACCAAUACACAGUACUGAUUUUAAGACAAAAGAUAAGGGUUUGAAAAAUAAAAGGAGGUGGGGGUAAAAGAAAGAAAACAUGUGUGGCAGGUGGGGGGAAGUAUGAUAAAGAAGACCAAAGUAGUGAAGGUAGCCAGGUGGGUAAGGAAGAGGAAGUUGGCCUUGGGACCCUCCUUCAAUGGAAGUGUAGGGAGGAGCCCUUUUCCCCAUCCUUAGUUCAAAGGGGUCCCAGGAAAAGAAGGUGCAGAUUGUGGUGUGAGAACUCCUGAGUAGAUCUCAUCAUGAACCACUUCUCCAGGCUUAGAGUUUCUACAAACUGGGUCCAACCUUAGGAAUUCCUCUCCUCACUUUAAUCAUUGCCUCUUUGUUUCACUUUACCUCUAUUCAGAGUUGCCUUUUGGGAAAUUUCCUAAUAUAGCAUGAAUAUUGUUCGUGUCCAAGUCUCCAGGAAUAUGGGUAAAAAGAGUCUCCAGUUCCUGCAUAAGUUCUCAGAGGAACAAUGGGUCCAGAGCAGCUUUUAUUCCACCUCUACAACAAAUGCAGAAAAUAAAGAAUCCAGAAAAUUCCAUAAAUAAUGGAUUUCUCCUCCUUCCCUGAUGAGUCCCACCUUUUCCCAGGUCCCUAUAUAGAGUUCUGGAAUCACAGUUCCACUUUAGAGCCUGUAUAGCCUUCAGAAAGAUAAACUUGAAUAUGUCAAGCAAGCAACUCUUCCCUAGAAUAAAUUCCAGUGAGUCACUUUUACUCCAGAGACCCAAAGAAAUACUUAGCUUUAUAUAAUACUAUACUAUGUUGUUGCUCAAUUGUUUCAGUUGUGUCUAAUUCUUUGGGACCCCCACUUGGUAUUUUCUUGGCAAGGAUAUACUGAAGUGGUUUUGUAACUUCUUUCUGCAACUCAAUUUACAAAUGAAGAAAUUGAGGCAAAUAGGGUAAACUAUGUAAAGAUGAUAUAAAUGGUUGACUGGGGUUUUACUCAUCCCAGUCAAGCAAGAUGAUCUUCUCAGAGAGAGUGAAAAUGGCUUUUCUCUGACUCGGGCCAGUAGGCAAUCACUCGGACUCCAUUUAUCAAGGUAGCAGGUUUAUUAUAGGCGUUAUUGAGGAUGGGGAAAGGUAUGUGGGCUGAGGCUUUUCCCUAACCACUAAUAAAAGUUAUCUAUAUCCCACCAUCUGACUCUUCACAGUC